CUAUCAGCAUAAGAGACAUCAUAUUCAGCAGGAAAUCAUUUUAUUGAUGAACUAACUCUGCCCAUUGUGAAUAUUUUAGCAUAUGUAGCACCUCUUAUGACAGUUUAAUAGUGAAGAGAUGUUCAACCGAUGAUGUCAAUAGGACCACUCUCCAUGUUGAAGUGGAAGAAUUGUGCUUGCACAGAUGUGAGGGCAAUUACUAAAAUUGCCUAACACUGUAACUGCAUUUCUGGCAGUUUCACAUUUGCCUGAUUAAGUUUGAUUAAGAAGUAGAAUAAGCAGAUGACGUCAAAGGAAUGGGUGGAGAAAUUCAAUAACAGCACACACUGAUGUUGUUUUGUGAACACUAUUGAUUUGGUGGCUUUAAAAUGAAGUUUUAGAUCAAUUGAUUGAUCAAUACUGCAUGGCUCUUUUGCUUCUUAUUUUUCAAAAAUUCCAAAUUGCCCACAGAUUCAGAUUAUAUUAAAUAGAAAGUCAUUCGAGAGAAUAUUUAGUGGGCAGUGGAGUGAAAUCCCAGCUAUUGGGAGAGUUUGAUUUGAAGAGACGUGAGGGUGUGAUUUCCAAAAGACUUAACAUUCUCUUAGCUGGAAGUCUGUUUUGAUGGGCCAUGUAAAGUUACAAAUUGACUGAAUCCUUGUGAAUCACAUCAAUGUCCUUGCUUCUCUCUAACAUUUCUCUUCAUAUUAGGCAGCCAAUAUUUCAACUCCAUGGGGUGAUAUCAAAUGUUGUAUUUUAAGGUCUUUUUAUUAUUUUUUAGUAAAAACCUUUACAAUUGAAAAAAAAAAAUGAAAUAACAUCGUAGAAACCCAAGAGAGUAUUCUGGAAAUAUUUCAGUUUGAACUGUAGGUGCAGGUUUGAUGGGGUUUUUUUUCUUAUUUGGCAAUAUGUGACUAGGGAAAUAUAAAGAAGAAGGUACAGCUGGUUUUUCCUAAUGAAGAUUGUUAUAAUUACCAUAUUAGGUCCCAAGUCUUAUGUCCAAAGUAAAUGGAAUUUCUUAUCUUCUUUGCUACAGAACUCUGAUCAGUUAAUUGAACAUCAGUGUAUUUCUGCACCAGUAAUAAUUGGAGUGUGAGAAAAGAGCAGGCCUCCUUGGUAGCAGUCUUAUAGGUCUAGUCUCUAAGAAAUCCCUUAUCCAAUAUUUCUUGCUGUGUUUGAUAGUGAGAGAUCAAUGUCCAUAGCCCCAGGAGCUUCCCUGCUGCUCAUCACAAUGCACUGAUGCAAGGAACUCCAGUUCCAGAAAUAUGCCAAUCAAUAUCUUUGGAUUGUUUAAGAAUGGUUGCAAUGGGUGGUAGACAGAGUUUUAACCCUACUGUGGCUGUUGGGAACAGAUGGUGAACCUUCCUUUCUGAUUACUGGAUCACAGCAAGAAGGACCAAUGGAGAACGGUGGUCAGAAUAUGGUACAGGUUCAACAGAACGGCAACCUCAGUGGCAGUCACUCCCCCAUCAUGACAGGCUCCAUAGAUGACAGUCGAACCAAUCUGAUUGUCAACUAUUUACCACAGACAAUGACACAAGAAGAGAUCAGAUCCUUGUUUUCAAGCAUUGGAGAAGUCGAGAGUUGUAAACUUAUCAGAGACAAAACGACAGGCCAAAGUCUAGGUUAUGGUUUUGUGAAUUACAAGAGUCCGGAUGAUGCUGACAAAGCCAUCAGCACGCUAAAUGGUUUACGGCUACAAAACAAAACAAUAAAGGUGUCAGUAGCUCGGCCAAGCUGUGAAAGUAUUAAAGGGGCUAACUUGUACAUAAGUGGUCUACCAAAGACUAUGACGCAGUUGGAACUUGAAAAUUUGUUUUCUCGGUGUGGUUCCAUAAUAACCUCAAGAAUCCUCUCAGACCCUGUGACAGGCUUAUCAAAAGGGGUUGGUUUUAUCCGGUUUGAUCAACGACAUGAGGCUGAACGUGCAAUCAAGGACCUAAACGGCAAGAUUCCAGAGGGUUCCACAGAGGCCAUCACGGUCAAAUUUGCCAAUUCCCCGAGCAGCACAACCAAGAGCACAAUUCCGCUCACAAUGGCAUCUUACCUAACAGCAUCCCCCACGAGACGAUUCUUGGGUCCAAUACACCACCCAGCUGGACGCUACAGUCUUAACCCAAUUAGGUACUCCCCACUGGAAAGCACUGCCGCCGCCACUGGUUUGAUUACCACGCCCACCAGUGCUCUCAUCUCUGGGAACCCACUCCAACCCACUGGCUGGUGCAUCUUUGUCUACAACUUGGCUCCAGAGACGGAGGAGAACACCUUGUGGCAGUUGUUUGGGCCAUUUGGGGCAGUGCAGAGCGUCAAAGUGAUACGGGACUUUCAGUCACAGAAGUGCAAAGGAUUUGGAUUUGUUACCAUGACAAACUACGAGGAUUCCUUGAUGGCCAUUCAAAGUUUGAACGGAUUUGCACUGGGCAAUCGCAUCUUGCAGGUGUCCUUCAAAACUAACAAAACCAAAAUGAUGUAAGUGGACAGAACUUUAUAUACAUAUGUUAUAUAUAAAUGUAUAUUUCAUUUCUUAUGCUGAGAACAAUCAAAGACAGAGCUUUAGCUGAUGAGAGAGAAGAAUCUCAUUUUGAACAUGUUGAUGACUAGUCAUGUUGUUGACUAUUGACAUUCCCCUUGGGGGGGAGGAUUAUGCCAAAAAGCACUCAAAACUGUUGAUGGAGAUCAGAAUACUGUGCACUGUAUUGAGGAGGACACUGUGGCACUUCAUUUAUCUGCUGAAGGAUUUUAAUCCACACAUGAAAAUUUAAUAUCAACGAGCAUUUUACUUAUGUGUGUAAAAGAUCUUAUUUGUGUUGCAGAAAUUUUAAACGUUCAACAUGAACUCAGUUCUAUAUAAGUGAAGACAGAGUAAUUUAAACUGUAAUUUAUUUGUUCAUGUAAUGUGGACUAAUUUAACUAGAAUCCAAUCUGUGGAUUUUGUAUAUGUUGUACACUUUAUCAAGCAGCAUUAACCCGCUUUCCUUCUUAGACGUGUCUGACUUUUAGACAGUGUUUUACUUGUUGUUCAUGUUGACAGCUGUCUAGAGGCAUUCUACAUUAGUAGAUUAGAAAAUUUCGUCUGUUCCCAGUAUUAUAUACUUAAGUUAUUUCCGACAAGUCGGAAAAAAAUUGUGGAUCGUGGCAAUCUUUUGUUUUCACACCCUACUUAUCAAAGGCAAUUAAAGUUUUAUUUGUCUGUACACUUUUGUUGCUGUGUUUGUUUACUUAUUAUUUUAUACUUAUUUGCAUAUUGUUUCAUUAUUUAUUCUAUUCAUUAUAACAUCAUCAUUUAUUACUGCCUGAUUUUCUUGUUAUAUUUUCUUUUCCUAUUUAUUGAUCCCACAUUGAGUUGAACCACCACACCAGUAUUGACAUACUAACUGCCACCACACUUCUUUGGUUUGCUGCUUCUACCCAGUAAUUGCAGAAUAGUUGACAAUUUUUUUUUUCCUUUUGCUUCCUUUAUUCUCUCUUGAACAUUCGCGUGAGACCAAGUUUAUGUUUGGGUCCAGGACAUGGAAAAGAGCAGAAGAAUGCCUCUGAGUGACAGCAGCAUAAUAACAUUAAGUAGUAUUCAGUAUUUUCAGUUCCAGUGUAGGGAAGUUUUAAAUUUGCAUGUGAUGGAUGGACACAUUUGGGGUUACCAUGGUAAUGAAGUGUUAUUAAAAGAAGCUCUGGGAACCAUCGUUCUCAUUGCCAUGGUAACCCUGUAUUAAAACUCUUGGUAAUUUUUGAGGGAUAGUUUGUUGUACGAUCACCUAUCUCCAAGAAGUGAACCAAGUUUGCCAAACAAACCUUUGGCAAAGUGGACGACUACUUAAUUUUGUAACCAUAGCAACCAAUGAUAUGGCUGCUGAUGUGCUGAAUUGCAGUAUAAGGCAAGAAGGUUUCAAGCAACGAAUAAUUUGUUCUGCAGCAGUAGCAGCGUUUCCUAGUUCUUCCAUUGACAUGCAUAUUAUGGAACAAAUAUGUACGUUGGUAAGGUACAUAUUUCGCACAAGUUGUUGGAACUGUUGAGACUUGUAUAUAUAUUAUAGACAUUAAAAAAACCCAAGAAUGCCAAAUAUGAACUGAUGUGAUGCAAAGCCACUUUUGAUACCAACAUAUGCUGCCCUAUAUACAGUGUUACAUUGUAAAGAUGUUGAUGAGAGAUGUUUAUUUGUUGUUGAACGAAUGUCUGUACGGACUACAUUGGUUGGUCUCCCGUCGUUUUGUGAACUAUGUACCAAAAAAUUAACAUUCCUAUUGUCAUUUACACCCAUUUUAGACAGAUUUAAGUGAAUUGUCAGCUAGUGCAUGCAUUUAGAUACAGUAUUUAUACCUUGCACUCUAAACCAGGAAAUAUGGACAAAGAUAGUAGUGAAGAAUAGUAGAACAUAGAUAAAAUUUCUUAAGCUGUCCAUUACUGCAGAAAGUGGGCAAUUCUUUCCACAUGUGUGAUAGGCAGUUUUGUUCAAGAAUACUCGACUUCAAGUUGAACUGUCUCACCUAGUGAUGCAGUUUCCAUGUUAGUCACCAAGUACACCUGGAAUUGCCAGUAUUUGACAUUUUCUACUGAUAUUGCAGAUUUUAAUACCCAGUGGUUUUACUGGAAUUUUUUGAGAUGCAAGAGAAAAGAAUCUAUGAAUUACACAUGAAUGUUUCUUACACCUGUUGUUAAAACUAAACUGGGUACUAGAAGAGGGCCCAACAUGUUAUUCUAUGAACUAUUUGUGUCUGUUAUAUAAUGGUAUUUUCAGCUUUUAAAGGCUGUACCAUGAUAUUGAUAUAGGUAUACCCACUGUAGUUUAGUCUUCUCAUAUACAAGGCAAAAUCAUGUAAAUGUAUAAAAAGCAUAAUCAAAAUAUUUGAGAGUAAAGAGUUAUUGUAUUGUGUGAAGCUGAAAGGAUAUUCUCACAUUAUCAGGAUCUCAGUAAGUAGAAGGGGCAGUGAGCUUUCUCUGCAGGCUAAACAAAUGUUUCAUCUAGUAUAAUCUCAUUUAACUUCAAUUUCAAUUUUUUUCCUUUGGCCAGCUUGGAUGGUAAAUACUCGAAUUGGAUGAAAGGGGACAAGAAAAAUUGAUUUUGGUGGGGUAAAACUGUGGGGCACAUUUUUGUGUAAUUAUUGUAUGGCGUCAUUUUAGGGAGUUCAUCCUAGUUUUAAACAACAUUGCUUUAUCUUGGCCAGUUGAGUAUCUACCAUUUACACUUUGUAGAACAGUUGAGAAUUAGAAUCUAUGAUGUUUGAAGGCCAAAUUUGCUGAGUUGAAUUUGUUUUCUUUGUUCAGCAUUGUAUUUUAGUGUUAUUAUAUUUGUAGAGUAUUGUAGUUAUUGAUAUUAUUCAUGCUCUUAGCAGUUUUCUUCUCUUUGUUGCAUGAGUGAGUUGUUUUACUCUGAAUUGUUCACACUUUCUUAGCAUUCCAGUUCAAUUCAUUGACAAUUCCUGUUUAUUGUAAGGCUAUGUUUGUUCUUGAUUAGAUGUUAAUUGAAAAUUUUAGCUAUAUCUUGGUUGUAAUUUACAUAGGCAGAGCUACAUGAAAUCUAGGAAAGGUCGGGCAAGGCUAGACAAAGUGAUGGUAUAAGCCAUAUCUUGCCAGUGUUAACUGGCUUCAGGCUGACAAAGCACAGUCCUUUGUGAUCAUUAUCUCUCAGAUAUCAUCCCUUGAUGUUAUUCAGGUAUGCAUAUAGGGUGAUGCCAUAAUAUGACGUUAUUGUAACGAGAAACCCCAAAGUCUUAAUUAAUCAUAUACACAAUAACAUAAUCAGCUGUUUGUUGAUUGUCCUUUCCUAUGUAGUUUGGUUGUAUCGCAAUAUUUGUACUUUUACAUGUCAGACCUAUCAUAGAAUAAAUCUUCUGAAGAUA